CCUCACACUACUGUUGGAUCAGUGAGGAAUCAGAGCAGGUCUGGUUCACAGGCUCUAUGUGUGUGUGUGUUUGUGUGUGUGUGUGUGUGUAGGAACCAAACCCCACAGAUUAGCUGGUUGCUGCUCAGUGCCUGCAGUAGAACUCCACAGAGAGUUUCCAGAUCCUGCUGGCACCGAUUCACAUCCAAACAUCUCCCAGUGACACGGGGCAGAUCUUAUUUACCCCGGGCGUGGUUUUUUACUCCCUGUCUGUUGUGGGUGGCUACAUUUUUUUUAACCUCGUGUCUCGCGGAUCUGUCAAGGUGUUGUCAGAGCAGCAGCUCUAAGUGGACCAUCUGUCUGUGAUUACACAGUGACAGACGGUGGUGCUGCUCCACGGUGACUGUGACAGCAGCAGGGCUGGACUCGAACCCUGAACAUGGAUUUGACUGAAUCUUUGGAGCUGAAGCUGAGCUGAGAGCUGAAGCUGAGUCACUGCAGCCAGGCACAGCCACGGAGAGCGGAAAACUUGGAAAACUUUUCUUUUCCAUUGCUUAGUGGAUUUCUCUCCUGCCAUUGGCUGCUGUCGGGCACUAACUACAGCUUCCAGAUUUAGGUUUGGAAAAUAAGUCCAGUCUGGUCAGACAUGAGGAAGCAGUUUAAACAGUGAGAGGACUGGUUUGUGUUCAGCACGCUGGAGCAGAAAAAGGUCGGAUUCUUAAGCAAUUCUAUGAUGAUUAUUGAGAAUGCGUCGAAGCUGCAUGAGCUUGGAGCUGUGAAGGCGUAGAAGUGCAUGGUGCAUGUGCAGAAUGAACAGUAACACAGUGUAAACACAGCUGCCUGUUUUGGAGAAACACUAAACAACAUUGUGUGAGAGACACUACUACCUGCAGAGAAUGGAGAACCCCAAAGCCAUUCUUAAAUAUUUAAGGACAUUUUCAGAAGAGCAAAAUGAGGAAAUGCUGCAGGAAGAGUUGGUUUAUCCAAAGAAAUUCAAAGAAUUCAACUGCAGAAAUGCUUUUGACAGAGAUUCCUUGUUAUACGUCAUAUUUUCUGACGGAGGCGGCGUCACGGCCCGUCAGCAAUCAGAGCAGGAGAAGAAACCUGACCAUCCACAGAAGGAGAGUGAGGCUGAAAAGUACAAAAAUGACAUCCAGAACUCUGAUGUCAGUGGUUGUUUUCUACCUGAGAGCUCAGAGGGCGGAGCUGCUCUGAAGGCAUCUCUGCUGCCAGGCUGCCAACACAGUUUUACUGAAUGCACAAAAAUACACGAUGACUGUUUGUCACGUAGUGCUGUUGAGCAGGACGACGCUGGAAAAUGCAAAGAAAAUGUAAAAACAGCUGCAAAAACAAGUGGAGAUGUUCACGAUGGCGACGUCAAGGAAGGUUCCAUCACCAGUUUAGAUCUGGAUGUUGAGGAUCAACCAGGAGCUUCUGCUGAAGAAGCUCAACCAUUACUGGAGGAAGUUGAAGAACGAGCUGGUGAGGCCACCUCUGACAGUGACGACGAGGAGGACGCAGGUGAGACAGAGGAAGCAGAAGAAGAAGAUCAGUCAUUACCCUUCAGAGUAAGACCAGCUGAACCUCCAGCUGGAUCCACAACAGAGAAGCAGAUCCAGCUCCCCGCCCUCUUCAGUGGCCUGAGGGUCCUGAGGAAAGGAGUGAAGGGACCAGGUCAUGACACCAUCUCCUGGAUCAAACCUUCAUCUCAGCGAGACAUUGUUCCAGAGAAGCAGGAUGAGAUCAGAACUCAGGGGAACUUCCUGGACCAGAUAUCCCAGUUCCUAAAUCGAGAGAAGAAAGGAAAUGCUAAAGGGGAGAAGGAGGAGAUCGGUGAUGAUGACGAUGAUGAUGAAAGGCGAGAGUCCUCUGAGAAAGAAGACAAUGACUCGGGAAUUUCAGGCUCGUUGGAUUCUGUGAAAUCUCCAGUGUCCAGUGCUGAGGCAGCGUUUGACGCCUUCAAGGCUUUUUUCACCCCAAAGCCUCUGAAGAGAGAUCCCGCAGACAGGAUGGACCUGGAGGCCGUGAGGAAGAAGAUACGGAGUGAAACAGAAGUUCUCAGAAGUCUGUUUGAGAGGGCGUCGUCCAAGAUGACCGAGAAGAAGGAGUCAGCCGAUGGAAAAGUAGGAAGAAAGAGUGGAGUCUCAGUUCAAACAUAUCUUCACAGUAACACUGUGGUGCAUUGUGGGACAUCUGACCCUUCGACGCCAGCAGAGGGAGAAGAACGAACGCCGGGUCGUUUACAAGCCGUCUGGCCUCCAGUCAAAGAGGAAAAAGUUGGUCUGAAGUACACAGAGGCAGAGCACCAGGCUGCUCUGCUGCAGCUGAAGAGAGAAUGUAAAGAGGAGCUGGAGAGGAUACAGGAGGAGUUUGCCGAGGAACUGUUCAAACUCCGUGUGGAAAAUGAGGACAACAUCUCCCGCCUGGAGUCCACUCUGGCUCAGCUGCAGGACAGAGUGUCCCGGGCUGGGUCCCACUGCAGGGGGGAGCUCAGGGACGUGGCCGUGUCCACAGGCGACGACUGUCUGCAAAAGUCUUUCCGCACCGUCUGCAUCCAGACUGAUAGAGAAACGUUUGUGAAGACACCAGAGGAUGGAGAGGACACCUGGAGGUCGUCCACCAGUCCUCAGCAGCAGAGGGUGACCCCCAAAAAACUGGACAUGACGUCCAUCACUCUAGGCCUGGCCAGCCAGUGGGACAGUCCAGUGUCUUCGUCAGCUGUCCCCUCGUCUCAACUCCCUCCAACAACACAAACAAAUGUUCCACCACCUCCUCUUCCUCCUCCCUGUUUGUCACCAACCAUGACCCAUCACAUCCAGACAUCAAAUGCCACUCUCCCUCUUCUUCCUCCCCCUCUUCCUCCUCCUCCUCUUCCUCCUCCUCCUCCUUCCCUUCCACCUCUUUUUGCACCACCACUGCCACCACCACCACCUCUACCCAUGUUUGGCCUAGCUGCUCCACCUACUCCUCCAUAUGGAGGUUCUUUAUUGGACAAAGGUCCACGUAAAGCAGCGGUGGAGCCGUCACGACCCAUGAAGCCUCUGUACUGGACCAGGAUCCAGAUCAAGGACAACAACAACAACACGGUGUGGAACAUCUUAGAAGAACCGACAAUAAUCGAUCCCAGUGAGUUUGAGGAUCUCUUUGCCAAAACCACCGCUCAGACCAAGAGGAAGCCGCUGUCUGAGACUUAUGAGAAGAAGUCCAAACCCAAGAAGAUCAUUAAGCUGCUGGACGGUAAACGCUCUCAGGCCGUAGGCAUCCUCAUCUCCAGCCUCCACCUGGAGAUGAAAGAUAUUCAACAAGCUGUGCUGAGUGUGGACCACUCUGUGGUCGACCUGGAGACCAUAGAGGCCCUGUAUGAAAACAGAGCUCAGCCCCACGAGCUGGAGAAGAUCAAGCAGCACUAUGAGAUGUCAAAGGAAGAAGACGUGAAGCUCCUGGACAAACCAGAACAGUUCUUGUAUGAACUGUUCCGGAUUCCAGACUUCGAGGGCAGAGCUCACUGCAUGAUCUUUCAGUCGGUUUUCAACGACACGAUCGCGUCUGUCCAUCGAAAGCUCGACACUGUCUCCUCCGUCUGUAAGGAUCUGCUGGAGAGCAGUCAGGUGAGGGAGGUGAUGGGCCUGGUGUUGGCUCUGGGGAACCACAUGAACGGAGGCAACAGGACCAGAGGUCAGGCUGACGGUUUUGGCCUGGACAUUCUUCCAAAACUGAAGGACGUCAAGAGCAGAGACAAUCGGAUCAGCCUGGUGGACUAUGUGGUUUCGUACUAUCUGCACAAUGUGGACAAGGCUGCUGGAACAGAGAAGAGCAUGUUCCCUCUCCCUGAACCUCAGGACUUGUUCCUGGCAGCACAGGUCAAGUUUGACGACCUCAGCCGUGACCUGAAACAACUCGGACGAGACCUGACAGAUUGUGAGACAAGUGUGCAGAACGUCUGCUGCGACUCCCCUGAGGAACACCUGCAGCCGUUCAAAGACAGGAUGGAGGCUUUUGUUCUCAGCGCACGAAAAGAACACACAGAAGCUUCCUGUCAGCUGACAAAUGUCCACAAAAGUUUUCAGGAUUUGGUUCUGUAUUUUGGACUGAACCCAAAGACUGGGGAGAAGGACGUGCCCACCAGUCAUUUCUUCAUGCUCUGGUUCGAGUUUUGCACAGACUUCAAAGCCAGGUGGAAAAAGGAGAACAAGAAUAUCUCCAAGGAGAGGUUAAAGGAGGCUCAGCUGUCCAUCAAGAGACUCACGGCAGAGAAGAAAGUAGAAACCAGAAGAGCCAACCCCAACUGUCUGAAAGAACGACUGCGUCAGAAAGAAGUGUAAAACGUGUCCUCAAACUGGGAGACACCGACCGUCCACAGUGUAUUAUCUCGACGUCUCAAGUCAAGAGGCAACAGUUUUUUUAAUCAUUUCUGUGUCGUGUACAUGUAA